AACGUUUCAGAUAGUUUUAAAAUCAGUUGUCGGUGUUCGCGUCGGCAAACCAAGUUGGUCUUUCGAUCAGUCAGCAUGAAGCUCUUAGUCGUGCUUUUGGGCGCCAUAGCUGCUGGUGCAGCUCUGCCCACCGACAUCUCCGACCCGGUGCUGCUGAAGUACAACGGCGAGGGCGAGCGGUACCUGCCCGUGCGGCGCGACGGCGCGGUUCACCUGGUGGACACCUGGCUCAAGGCCUCCGACCUCAGGGAGGCUGCCAGGUUCCAGCCCGACGCACACAACACUUACCAUCUCUUCACCAGGAACAACCCGACGGUGAGCCAGCCCCUGCUGCUGGGCGCCGACGGACUCCUGGGCAGCACCAACUACAACCGGAACCGGCGGACCAUCUUCAUCCUGCACGGCUGGACCGACAACAUCCUCGGCAACGUCAACUCCGUGCUCGUGCCAGCGUUCCUGGCCGCCGAGGAUGUGAACGUGAUCUCCGUGGACUGGAGCGCGGGCGCCGGCACCAUCAACUACAUAGCGGCGGUCACCAACACCGUCACCUCAGGUGAGAGUGUGGCGCGCUUCAUCAACUGGCUGAUGGCGUCGACCGGGACGACUCCCGCGCAGUUGCACCUCAUCGGGCACUCGCUUGGCGGCCACAAGGCCGGCAUCAUAGGCAGGCACCUCAACGGCAGGGCAGCUUACAUCACCGCUCUGGACCCGGCGCUCCCCGGCUGGCUGACGAACAACAACCGCUUCCGGGCCGACGACGGCGCGUACACCGAGGUGAUCCACACCAACGCCGGCAUCCUCGGGUACAUCGCCACGCUGGGCCACGUCGACUUCUACCCCAACGGCGGCGUCAACAUGCCCGGCUGCAGCGAGCCCGUCUGCGACCACGACAGAUGCCUCCACUACUUCGCGGAGUCGCUGGCCACCGGCGGCUUCACGGGCACCCGCUGCGCCACCUUCCCCGGCGCCAUGACCGGCAACUGCCUGCUGUGGGGCUCGCUCCAGAUGGGGGGACUCCGCCCCAAGACUGGGUCUUCCGGAAUCUUCUAUUUGCAGACCAACCCCGCCCCGCCCUUCUCUCGCGGCUAAGAUUGACAAACACCGACAUAUAUUAUAAGUAAUGUCUCUAUAAUUCCCCUAAGACAUUAGGCAGAUGAAAACUACGAGUUGCAGGAAUACUAAGUAGAACAUAAUUAUUAUACAUACUUAUACAUGUAAAUGUUAUGUGGUAGUUGGUCGAAUACACGACAAAAAUCAAAAUGGCGGCAGCUGUCAGUUCUUAACAAAUGUUUGAUUAACUACAAGAUGCGAUGUAUGUACGAUUUUGUGCUACUGGCCCUAAUUAUUACCAAAAGUAUGUAUGUGAUCAUAAAAAUAAUAUGUUGUAUUUUAUAUGAUUGAGCUAUGUUCCCGGAGGCGGUUAAAGGAUUUUAACUAAGUAAUAUUCCUUUCUGUCAUUUUAGGGAUUAGUUCAGUAUGUAAAUAAAGCUAGUUAUUAACUAAAUGUUU